CUUCCCCUGUGCACUUUAUUGCAACUCGAGUAUGUAGGUAAUCAUUUGAUCGCGAAUCCAUCGUUGGUAUAGUACAGAAUUAUAGUAGGUUGCAAAUUUGAUUUCAAUAAUAAUUUCGAUAGAUUUUAAUUUGCAUUAGCAUACAAACAAAAAUGAUUAAAGUAAAGUAUUGUUGUAGAAGUUGUACGACGAUCUUCGUGGUUGUUCUUUCGGUCUUUCAUAUGCAAUCUUGCCUAGUUAUAACGACAGAGAAUGCAGGUUCUUUGGACAUUAUUGUAAAGACUGACAAUGAGACAAGAUUCACGUGUAAUAAUGGCACUUCUAUUCGCGAAAGUCAGACGUGCGAUGGAAUAACAGACUGCCCUGAUAACGAAGAUGAAGGAGAUUGUGUUUAUUCAGCACCAUCUUGUCGACCUGGUGAAUUCAAAUGCCGAGACUGUAUUCCUGGAAUAUUAUUAUGCGAUCGAGAAGUCGACUGUUACGAUGGGAAUGAUGAAGCUGAUUGCUUUUGCAACGUUAUUGGGGGAAUUUUUACCAAAGACGAAAGUUUAAAUGAAGGCGAUACUUUUAACACGACUUGCAUCGUUUAUGGUGAACCUAUCCCAGAAAUAGCAUGGUAUCGAAAUGGGGAACCUGUUCCUAGUAAAUGUACAUCGACCAGAGACCACAGAACUGGAGUAUUGACUUGUCCAAAUAUCGAACUGGCAGAUGAAGGUGUUUACAGUUGCAAAGGAAUCGAACGAGAAAAAUUCACCGUCCGUGCUCGUUCCAUUACUUCUGAUCUACGGUUAAAGGUCGAUCAAAAGAAACCUGAAAAAGGGGAAUAAGAAAAAAAAAUCGUUCAUCGUCAAUAUAAGUUUGUGAUAAUAGGUAAUAUAAGAUCAUAUUAAUUUUACAGUAGGUUGGUAGAUCAUAAUCACCACCAGGUACCUGCUCACCUAAUAAUUAGCAUAGGUAGGUACUUAUUCGUUAUUCAUAUUAGUAGCUGUAAUUAUUUGCAUUAAGCAGCUUAGGUACCAAUGUAAUGUCAAUGUCCAACACAAAAUAUAUUUUCGUCUAUUUUAAAAAAUACAAUUCUGUUCAAAAAAGACUUUCCCUCAGAACACGUUUAGAACGAUUUAGAAAAGAGGGAAUUGUUUUGAACAUCUCGUAGGUAUGCUAAGAAGGGAACCUCUUGAGGUGUCACACUCCGAUUUGAACGGGACUGCGAUUUUUGGAAAGAGCAUAGUCUAAAACCCCCAAAACCACAUUUUCAGCUGCCCAAGUUCAUUUUUCGAUUUUUGGCGAAUUUUUGAAAAUUCAAAAUUGACUACCUAGCUGUUUUUGGCGAUUUAUGCUUUUUUUAAAAAAAGUACGUACUUGAUCAAUAAAGAUGGUCAAAAUAAGUCCCAAAACUAAUAUUAAUUACCCAAAUCCCAAUUUCACCAUUUCCAGCCAUUCUGGAGCCUCAAGCCGAAUUUUUCAAUUUCUCCAGAAUUUUGAAUUUGCUCCAGAAGGCGUAAAUAUGAAGUUGGGCAGCUAAAAAUCGAGUUGUAUAUUACACUCGAUCUGUUUAACGAGUUUAUCCACAUUUGAGCCGAUUUUGAGAAUGACACCUCAAAAGUGGUUUUUGACCAGCUUUUUUCAAAUUAAAAAAUCCAAAAAAUCAAAAGAUAACCGUUUGUGUGGAAAUUUUCGAAAUUCACGGGAAUCGCUGUAUUUUGUCCAAAACUAACCUCCGGAGCGCAAAUUCUACCAUUUCCAGCGGUUUUGGAGCGAGAGUGACACCUCAAAAAACCACUCUUGAGGUGCGUGCCACUCUCAAAAUCAGCUCAAAUGUAGAUAAACUCGUUAAACAGGUCGAGUAUAAUACACAACUGGAUUUUUAGCUGCCCAACUGCAUAUUCACGCCUUCUGGAGCAAAUUCAAAAUUCUGGAGAAACUGAAAAAUCGCACUGGAGGCUCCAGAAUGGCGGGAAAUUGUGAAAUUUGGAUUGGGGGGGGGGGGGUUAGUUACGGACAAAAUACAGCGAUUCGCGUGAAUUUCAAAAAUUUCCACACAAACGGGAAACUUUUGAUUUUUUUGAUUUUUUAAUUUUGAAAAAAGCUGGUCAAAAAACCACUCUUGAGGUGUCACUCCCAAAACCGGCUCAAAUGUAGAUAACCUCAUUAAACAGGUAGAGUAUAAUACACAACUUGAUUUUUAGCUACCCAACUUCAUAUUCACGCCUUCUGGAGCAAUUCAAAAAUCUGGAGAAAUUGAAAAUUGCGCUGGAGGCUCCAGAAGGACUGGAAAUUGUAAAAUUUUAAUUUAGGGGGUUAGUUAUGGACAAAAUACAGCGAUUCGCGCAAAUUUCAAAAAUUUUCUCACAAACGGUUAUCUUUUGGUUUUUUGGUUUUUUUAAUUUUGAAAAGAGCUGGUCAAAAAAAACACGUUUGAGGUGUCACUCUCAAAAUCGGCUCAUCGGCUCAAAUGUAGAUAAACUCGUUUAACAGGUCGAGUGUAAUAUAUAACUCGAUUUUCAGCUGCCCAACUUCAUAUUUACGCCUUCUGGAGCAAAUUCGAAAUUCUGGAGAAAUUGAAAAAUUCCGCUUGAGGCUCCAGAAUGGCUGGAAAUGGUGAAAUAUGGAUUUGGGUAAUUAAUAUUAGUUUCGGGACUUACUUAUUGUCAUUUUUACUGAUCAAGUUCGUACUUGAAAAAAAAGCAGAAAUCGCCAAAAACAGUAGGUACUCAAUUUUGAAUUUUCAAAAAUUCGCCAAAAAUCGAAAAAUGAACUUGGGCAGCUGAAAAUUUGGUUUUGGGGGUUUUAGACUAUGUUCUUUCCAAAAAUUGCGGCCCCGUUCAAAUCGGAGUGUGACACCUCAAGAAGUAUAACUUAGGUCUCGUUUUUUUUUCAAAUUUUUUGCUGCCUUCUAUUUACUUAAUACGUAGAUCUCAAGUUGAACUUAUAAUCUAGGAUAAAAGUUCAGUGCCCCUUUUUGAAACAUUUCCUCAAUUUACUCGUGUAAUUUUACACGUGUAAGCAGUGUACGAGUAAUUAUCUAUAAGGUGAUACGCUGCAUUAAAAUCAUCAAUCGCCUAUAUGUACGCAUCUAUAAUCGUUCGGUUCAUUAAAAGCGAUAUUUAAAGCUCAUAAUGUACUACGAGUAUAUAAGUUAGUAGGAAUUACGAAAAUACUCAGAAAUCCAUCGGUUACUAAUUAGUUCGAAGUGUAGUGUUUUUCACAACGUAUUUUUUUAAUAAAACGCCGAAAUUAUAAACGUUCGACACGUGUAAUAUCAAAAGUUUAACUUUGCCUAAAUUUUAUAAAAAUGUUGAUCCAUUUCGCUAUCGUUUUGAUUGUCGCGAUAAUUCAAUGCAAUACGGAAGAUCAUGGAGUCGAUGAAACUCCCACCUACUUAUAUAAAGUUGGACACUUCCAGUUUGUCAACAAUGGGCACAAAGAUAUCAUCGUAGUCAAAUUUACUCAUCUGCUUAACAACGAUGGGAAAGAUGGACAAGGAACAACAUUGUUUGAUAUCCGAGUUGGAGCCCAUAAUACUUCAGCUGUUUACGAAUUCGAUUACGAACUUGGGCAUCUGGCUUGUCUCGAUUAUUGGUACCUUCAAGUAUCGCAUAAUGGAACUAUUAAUGAUUGGAAAUCGAAAACUUGGAAUACGAAAGAAGACUUCUUUUGUAAUAUUACCAAAGAGGAUCGUAAAAGUAAUGGCACUGUUUCGAUAAUUGUGAACAUGGAUUCCAAAGAAGUGCAAAUUGUGCCGCCAAAAUCUAAGUCGUGUAAGACCGGGUUGUCCUUGUAAGAACUGUACCUACCUACGACUUCAGCAGAUUCGUUUUGAAAAUCGAGCGAAAAAAAGAUAUUUCCUUAGUAAGAACUUCUACCCUUUUUAAGUCUAAUACAUACUCAUAUUAUGUUUUUUUCUAUUAUUAUUUUUUAAAAUUAUUUUUAUUAAUACCUACAUAUUAAUUUUUUAUCAUUUUGAUACCUGCUAAAUAUUCGAACCAUUUUCAAGUUAUAUUUUGAACAAUUUAAUUUAUUCAUACUCAUACGUAGGAUAUACCCUAAAAGAUCGAUCAUCUCUACCGUAACUCAUCGCUCCGAUUUCUCCUAGCUUUUAAUUUUUAAAUUCUACAUAUGUAGUAAUCAAGACUCAAACGAGGUUAUAAAAUAGCAAAAAUUGUCCUCUUAGAUCAGAUUAAUCCAUAAAGGCUUCGACUAAAUCCCCAUUUUAAAUACAAAUAUCUACUUAGGUAGGUAUUCAAAAACAACCUCAGUUCAACAUUUAAACAAAAUAAAUUUUUUAACCAAUCAAAGUAGAUGCAUAAGUAGGUUAGGUACGAUUCAUUAAAACAAGAUUUCGAGCCAAACUCACAAUCUAUGAUAAAAGUUCAGUGCCUUCUUGAAAGAUUUCCCAAAUUUAUUGAAAUUAAAAAUUACGCAACUUUACACGUGUAGGAAGAGUACCUAAUUAUCAAACGAUACGCUACAUUAAAAAUACAUCAAGCGUUUCAAAAUGUUCGAAUCAUUAAAUAAUAGGUACAGGCAUUUAAAAAUCUUAUAAAAAUAAAGAAAAUACGAAGAGGUUUGUCAUUUACCAAGUAAUCAGUUCGAAGUUUAGUGACUUUUACUUUCACACUGUCUAUACCUACCUAUUUUACUAGUAAAAUACUAAAAUUUAAAACAUUCGAGUGCAAAGUAACUUUAUAAUCGUAUUCUGAAAUUUUACAAUCAUGUUGAUCCGUUUCGGUUUCGCAAUCGUUUUGAUCGUCGUCACGUUGAUUCAAUGCAAAGCAGAAGAUGGUGAAGUCGAUCACCCCAACUACAUACGUAUACAGAACUGGACACUUCCAAAUUUUCAACUACUGGCUCAAAGAUAUAUUAGUGGAAAAAGUUUCUCAUCUGCUCAACAACGAUGCAACAAAUGGACGUGGAACGACAUUGUACAAUAUUCCGGUCAAAUCGCGUGAUUUUUCUCCGAUUUACGAAUUCAACUACCGAAAUGGAACACAGACUGCGGAUGAUUAUUGGUUUAUUCGAGUAUCGCAUAAUGGAACCAGUUGGGAUACGACAGAAAUCUUCUGGUGUAAUAUUCCCGAUGAUAUUGGUAACUCUACGGUUUUGUUGAAUUUGCAUAUAUUUCCGCAACAACUGGAAGUCGUUCCGCCGAAAUCUCCGUCGUGUAGGACUCGAUUGUCUUGAAUUGUACAUAGGUACCUAUCUAAUUAUUUUGCGAGUAUGUUACACUUAUGAUAUUUACGUAAUAUUAUAAAUUUAUUUGCUUGA